AUCCCCAGAUCGGAACCACGGCAACCCCGCCGACUGUUCCGGGUACUUGAUUGACAUACAAGGAAGUGUAGUUUUUAACAGCACAUUCCAGUGCUAUUUUUAUCUUUUAUAACUACAAGUACCAGAUAUGCAGUAUUCUGGGCACGCCCCUUUGUUAGGAAGAGAAAUGGGACUUGUAGUUUUUUUGACAUUUCGGGACCCAGACGUGUUUAUUGCCCCAAGGAACGAUUUAGGACGAACUAUAGAUCCCAGAGUUCUGUGUGUAUGUUUUGUUGGGUUUUUUUUCCAACCGAAGGGAAAUCCGGAAGAUUGUGGAAAAGCGAAAACUUGCUUAUCAAGGACUGGAAGCACUGUAUGUUUCUAUCGGGCUAAUGUCGCUGUUGUGUUUACCUAACUUUAGCUGGCUAGGUAACUUGUGUGAUGGAUCUUUCAACUUUUCCUUUCCACUCGAGUAGAAGGAGUGAGGGUCUGAGCAUUACCCAGCACCCAGAGGGCCAGCAACGGCCAGUGAAGAUUAACUGAGUUGGAGCACACCCUCCAAAGCCACCGGUCUUCAUCAUCAUGGCGUCCCUGCUCCCGCUCUGCCCCGCCGACCCCGCCUCCCCGGGCUCCGCCCUCCUGGGCUCGCAGGUCCACGCCGCCGCAGUGAACGGAGACAGGAGCGCCCUCCAAAGGCUGAUCACAGCCGAUCCCUCUCUGCGGGACAGAGAGGACCAGUUUGGCCGCACCCCUCUGAUGUACUGUGUGCUGGCCGACCGGCUGGACUGCGCAGAGACGCUGCUGAAGGCCGGAGCCUCCGUCAACAAAUCAGACCAGAGCCAGCGCACCGCCCUGCACCUCGCUGCGCAGAAGGGGAAUGUGCGCUUCAUGAAGCUGCUGCUGUCCCGCCGGGCGGACUGGCUGCAGAAGGACCUGGAGGAGAUGACACCGCUGCACCUGGCAACCCGCCACCGCAGCCCCAAGUGCCUGGCGCUGCUGCUGAAGCACAUGGCGCCGGGCGAGGUGGACACACAGGACAAGAACAAGCAGACAGCUCUGCACUGGAGCGCGUUCUACAACCACCCCGAACACGUCAAGCUACUCAUCAAGCACGACUCCAACAUCGGCAUCCCCGACAGCGAGGGCAAGAUCCCCCUGCACUGGGCCGCCCACAACAAAGACCCCAGCGCCACCCACACCGUGCAGUGCAUCCUGGAAGCUGCCCCAACAGAGUCCCUUCUCAACUGGCAGGACUACGAGGGACGCACGCCUCUGCAUUUUGCCGUGGCAGACGGUAAUGAGGCGGUGGUGGAGGUGCUGACCUCGUACGAGGGCUGCAGUGUCACGGCCUACGACAACCUCUUCAGGACUCCACUGCACUGGGCAGCCCUGCUGGGUCAUGCCAGGAUCGUCCACCUGCUCCUGGAGAGGAACAAGUCGGGCACCAUCCCGUCCGACAGCCAGGGCGCCACCCCGCUGCACUACGGCGCUCAGAGCAACUUCGCCGACACGGUGUCGGUGUUCCUGCGCCACCCCUCGGUGAGGGACGACCCCGACCUGGAGGGCAGGACCGCCUUCAUGUGGGCGGCGGGCAAGGGCAGCGAUGACGUCAUCAGGACCGCGCUCGACCUGAAGGCCGACAUCGACAUCAACAUGGCCGACAAGUACGGGGGCACAGCCCUGCAUGCAGCAGCCCUCUCGGGACAUGUGAGCACAGUGCGCCUCCUGCUGGAGCGUGGGGCCAUGGUGGACGCUUUGGAUGUCAUGAAGCACACACCCCUUUUCCGCGCCUGUGAGAUGGGCCAUCGUGAUGUCAUCCUCACCCUCAUCAAAGGCGAGGCGCGGGUGGACCUGGUGGAUCUGGACGGCCACACGGCGCUGCACUGGGCCGCUCUGGGCGGGAAUGCGGAGGUGUGUCAGAUCCUGAUGGAGAACGGAAUCACCCCCAACGUGCAGGACCUGGCGGGACGCACCCCGCUCCAGUGCGCCGCCUACGGGGGCUACAUCAACUGCAUGGCCAUCCUGAUGGAGAACCAGGCCAACCCCAACUUCCAGGACAAGGAGGGGAGGACGGCCUUGCACUGGUCCUGUAAUAACGGCUACUUGGACGCGGUGAAGUUGCUUCUGGGAUACAAUGCAUUCCCGAAUCACAUGGAGCACAGCGAGGAGAGGUACACGCCCCUAGACUACGCCCUGCUGGGCGAGCACCAGGAGGUGACCCAGUUCAUGCUGGAGCACGGGGCCCUCUCCAUCGCCGCCAUCCAGGACAUCGCCGCCUCCACCAUCCAGGCCGUGUACAAGGGCUACAAGGUGCGCAAGGCCUUCAGAGAGCGCAAGAACCUGCUGAUGAGGCACGAGCAGCUGCGCAAGGACGUCGCCAAGAAGCGGGAGGAGGAGCAGCGUAGGCGGGAGGCGGAGCAGCAGGUCUCAUUGGCUGAAGCCGAGCGGAAGCUGAAGACGCUGUUGGUGUCAGAAGCGGAGAGUGGCGGCGAGAGCGGGGCCCCCAGGGGCCACAGCAGCAGAAAGCCCUCUAAGAGUGAGCGCAGCCAGGCCCAGUCAACCAGGAGCAGGACGGAGGAUCUGCGGCGACACAGGGAGCACAGGAGCAGAUCUGUGAAGAGUGAUCAGGGGAAGGGGGCAGUGCUGCCAGCUGCUCCUGCCCACACAGAAGUCCCCCCCAGCCCAGAGAAGAGGGCCUCGGUGCCUCCUGAGAGAUCCAGCAGGGGUCCAGAGGAGGAGAAGGUCCUGCCCAGGUCCAGGCCUACCCCCAAAUCCCCCAAGUCCCCCAAGUCCCCCAAACCCCCAGAGGCCAGCAGCGUCAAGGUGGGAGGGAAGGCACCCAGGGGUGGGAGACUCUCUCCCGCGGGAUCCAGCAGGCCAGGAAGUGCCAAGCCAGGGGCCGCCCAAGGCCACGCCCACCCAGCGCCACGCCCCAGCCGAGCGCCCACGCCCGCUCAGGGCUCCCAGCUGCCCCCACGCUCCCCGCGGGGAAGGGCGGGCCCCCAGCCCCGGUCCAACCCCGCCUCCACGUGCGUGGCCCCUUCCUCGGCCCUGGUGGGCCCUUGGCAGGCGGGCAGAGUGGAGCUCAUGCCCCUGGAGCUCCGGCUGAAGGUGGUGGAGAGGGAGCACAGCCACACGGAGCUGAUUCACAGGAAGAACCUGGCAGCCUGCACUAUCCAGAGGGCCUGGAGGAGGUUCCACGUGCGCGGCAGACUGAAGGAGGCGCUGUGCGCGAGCGAGGAGGGGGCGGAGUCGGCCGAGGCCACCUCCCUCCUGAUCCAGCUGCUGUGGGACAGGCGGUCUGAGCCGGGACACGCCCCUCCGAAAGCCACGCCCGAACUUCGAGCCCCUCCCACCAGGGUGGGAAAGAAGAAGAGCACAGUGCUGCAGAGCAUCUAUGGAGGGUCUCAGGCCAGGAGGGGGCACUCCACCAGGAGUGCAACACUGAACUCCCGUAGUCACUCCCAGAUCCUGCUGGACCUGUCCCUGAGCACUAACACGCACUUGAGCAGCAUCGAGUGUGUCCACCUCAUGGAGACCGUGGGUCAGGCCAGGCAGUUCUCCUACCACAUGAGGCCCCACAGCGCCACCCAGGGGCCCAAGGGCCGCGGGAAGCCCUGACGCUCCGCCCGCCCCAGACCCCGCAACCAAUCGGCACGUCCGCAGACUGCGUUCCCUCUUACGGCGGCACGCUCCACGUCAGCGGGCCGCAGGGAACGAGCCCCCCGCCCUACAGACCAUUAUCUAAGGCCCAAGCAAAGCUCUAUGGUCUGUGACGGGAAUUCCAUUUCAUUUCAUUGGUACGAAAUGCGUUCUUUUUGUAGUCUGACUACAGCCUAGCCUUCGUGGCCACUGGUCAGCCUGUAUGGCACAACGUAUGCAGCCGAUGUCAGUAUUCCAGUGACAGAAUUAGUGUUUGUCGAUGGGCGCUGGAGCAUACAGGUUCACUCGAAACAUUUGCUGACGUACCUUCCUGACGUGCAUGCAAGCAAAACUAUGUUAAAAUAAGCACAUUUUAAAACCAUGUUUUUACUAUAAGUUAAUAUUACUCGAUUUUCAUACAUGGGCUGACCAUUUUAUAUUAUAUUGAAGUGUAAAUGUUUCAACUGCCAACACAUAUAUUUUUAUCUUUAUGAAGGGAGCGCUCUCUUAUGUGCAAGGUGAGAAAGCAGAGAGCUCUGGUCUGUAUUAUUGGCUCAAACCAAUUUUUGCCUUAAAACCUGGGUCUAGUAGUGGCUCUUGCUCAGUUUUCAAAGCCAGAACGCUAAUUGUCAUGACAACUUAACAUGGGGGGGAGGGGGUAAAUCCAGACACGGCUUGCGCAAGCGAUAACCUUUCCUCUUGCGCAUGGAACGCAGCCAUCUGUCAACGCCAAGCCAUACACCUAUCCCACCUGCAGUUGGCAAGCGAGUGGAGUGGGGGCUUAGAGCAAUACGGAGGGCCUAUCUGUUAGACAUCUGUAUCUAUGGUAUGCGAGUGUGACUAUUUAACAGCCUUAUUGCGUCUGUUGGUUUUGUCCGUUCACCCCCUCCAACAGUUCAAACAGUCCCUCACUUGUACUCCUGGCACUUUAUAUUCUACCCUGAAGCCAUAAAAGUUGCAAUACGUUAAUACUUUUCACAAACAGCUUUAUUUGAAUGGGUAGCAAUAUUUAUUUAUGCGGUACUAUUGUCAUACCCUUUCCGAGGGUAUAGGAGAAGAGUAUUUUGAAUCCGAAUUAGUGUCACUUCCAAUCUAUGCACAUUAUGAUUAUUCUUGCACAAAUUUUGCAAAGUAAUUUGAGACCUGUCAGUGUUUUUACGUCAACUUUGUGUUGACCUGACUUUUGCAAGUUGAUUGUUGGUUAGCCUUUUGUUACUGUUUGAAUGUCAGAAGUUACUUGCCAUUUACAAUUAUAAAGAAAUACCUCAUUACUGUUGUGCAUAUUCUUAUACACCUUUUUGUAUAACUGCUUAAAUAAAAACAACAUU